CACUGAAUACAUAGAUAACAGACGCGGAUCUCUUGAUUUAUUGUCAAUCUUUGUAGCGCUGAGUACAAACCGCAUAUUAACUAGCUUAAGAGCAGUUUCUAGCAACACGGCUGUACGGAAACAGGGCUUUAGAAGAAACUUUACCUAUUGCUGGUAAUUUUCUUAAUUUGGAUUGAAUCACAGAGGGUCUAUAAUGGAUCUGGUGUGGCUUUUAUACCUCUCAGCGAGUGUCUGCGCUUUGCUUGUCUCUGCUGAGAGACACACAGUUUUCUGGAAUAGUACCAACCCUAAGUUCCGAAAGAACAACUAUGCGGUUGAGGUACGCCUGAACGACUACCUAGACAUCGUGUGCCCUCACUACCCACUGGGCGAAGUGCCGUCACAGGACGCGGAGCGCUACGUGCUCUACAUGGUGGAACGUGAAGACUAUGACUCCUGCCGCCCACAAUCUUACGACCAGAUGCGCUGGGAAUGCGGCCACCCUUUCGCCCAGCACGCACCCGAAAAGUUCUCCGAGAAGUUCCAGCGCUUCACUCCAUUCACUCUGGGAAAAGAGUUCCGACAGGGCGAGAGCUACUACUACAUCUCCAAACCAUUGCACCACCACGGAGAGGAGUGUCUGAGACUCAGAGUAGACGUAGUUGCCAAUGAUGGCUCUCAAGAAGCCAGGGUUGGCACAGGAAGUGGAUCUAAGGUGGGCACAGGGGCAGGUGCUCACACACCCUCUAAUCGGUUACCAGCAGAUGAUCCUGUUGUGGAUCUUCCUGAAGUACAGAAAAGCACAAAGACAAACUCCGCCAUUUCAGGAGCAUCCUGGACUGUUCUCACAACCUUACUUCCACUUUUAUUAUUGUUGGUCUUACAGUGAGAUAGACACUGGACUAAAUUACACUUACAAAAGACUAUAUUGACGGCGGCCUGUGUUGAUGGAAGCACACAGAGGUAGCUCUUUACGUCCCAGUGCUGGCCAUUGGGAGAAUCGUACAGGAAGCGGAGCUCUUUCACACUGCUGGUGGCGGUGAAGAAGCAUAACUGGAAUGAAGAGGGCUUUGAACUUUCGGACACUUCUAAAGAAACAAAAAAACGAGACGUCAGUAUUUUUCUGGAAAUACUGUUCACGCAAAGGGAGAUGUUUUUCCCCUUUCCUUUUUUUUUUUUUCUUCAUAUAAACGUCUGACCACUCAAAACCUGGAUAAGAACAAACUGAAACAGUAAUGCAGAAUUGGAAUUAGCAUGUACUUGGAAUAUGGACAACCUCUUUAUUUGAGUGUCAUAAUGAGGGGACACAAGCCAAGAAUGAGCCAAAGACCACAGAGCUUCUCGCGGAGGAGUAAAGCGAUCAAACCGUUCAUUGUUUUCUCAUGUUUUGUAGAUCCAGAGAAAUAAUUGAGUUUCGUAUUAAUUUAUGUAGCAUCCGCUCAGUGGGUUUUAUUCUCACUGUCUCAUGAUUUUACAAGACUGUGUGCUGUACCUGGAUUUAAACCUGGAAAUGCAGCACAGAACACACAUGUACCACUUUUCCACCGAAUUGGUGCUGGUGCCUGUGAUGGGACACGAACAGAGUGGUUCCAGAUUGGGCACCGGCACCCUGACGGCAGAAAACUGAGGCAUCCGAUACUGUUUACCAAACCCACUGACACACUUCCAUUCAGAAAUGCUGUGUUAUUUUUGUACAUUCAUUGUUUUAAGAGUUAGUAAGUUAUUAGUUUUGCUGCAGAACAAAUUACUGUAUAUAAUGAGCAAAGAUGUUUACUGUGUGAUGGAGAGAGAGGAAAAGAGACGUGAGAGAGCAGAGACUUGUUGGAUUAAUGUGUUGAUGUGUAGAUGAAAAGGUGGCAAAAAAUGAAAUGAUGUUAGUGGCCAAAUACACACACUUCCUCCCAGGCGUGUGUGUGUAGAGGAUCUGUGAUGGUAUGUCCUGCAACGGUGGGUCAGAUCAGCACCCUCAGCAUUUAAACUGCCAAGCACAAUCAAUGAGAAGCACACUCUCACACAAUCACUAACAAAUCACUAAUGUACACCUGGAAACCAACUUUAUAAGUAAGAUCAGAAGUUUUGAUUCAUCGAAGCUGUUCAUUGGGCAGAAAGAAAAAGGAAAUACAAGAAAAUAUGUCAACUGAUUUGGAUUAGUAAUUGGACUAAAUAUGGCAAAAGAUUAGUGGCCAAAAAAUGUAAUUAAUUUAUUCUGGUACUGAUAUCAAAAAAGCAGGGUUACCCAUGUGUAAUAUAACACAGAUAACACAAAUAUUAAUGAUAGAAGACAUUCAAAAUCAUUAAACUGCAUAUAUAUGCGCAUAUUAUAUAUAUAUAUAUAUAUAUAUAUAUAUAUAUAUGCAGUUUAAUUGUAGCAAUUGAGAUAUUUGAGAUUAAAUGAACAUUUAUUUUACAUAAUAUUUAAUAAAAAUCCAGCCCCCCAAAAAAUAGUGACUGAUGAAUCCCAAAAUGGCCAAAUAUCAACUGAUUAACUGGCCUGUCUGAUAUAUUGGUCUGUCACUACAAUAUAAGCUUAGCUAUUUUGUUGUAAAUCUACAUAUACUAUAUACUAUCAGGAACAUUUAGUGUGGGGAAACAUUUAUAACACUAAUCAGCUAAAGCACUAUGAACGAAACACCACAUACACUGACUCUGACAUGAUGUAGCCGUUUAAGCUCAAUUCCGGACAGUUUGUACAACUGACGCAGCUGAAUACGAUUAACAGUUAGGUCACUUUGAUUCCUUUUUUUUAUUAUUUUGUUUUCCUUUUUUCAUUCUCAUAUUCUUAUUUUGUACAUGUAUUGUGUAAAAUGUAUAUUAUGUAUAUAAAGAGGAUUAUAUAAAAAAAAGAACUUUGAUUAAAAAAAAAAAAACAGUUAAUGUGAAGAUUCUUAUGUGAAAAUAAAUGAUAUUUUUGGAAAAUGC